AUGUUAAACACAGGUACAAAUGUAAAUGUCUCCGAUAACAAGAACAAAAGCACACCGCUUCACUUAGCCGUCAAUCAAGGUAAUAACGCUGGGGUGAGGUCACUUCUGGCGUCAAGGCAUUGCGACGUCAACUGUCAGGGGAAGAUUGUUUUUGCUAAUAAGAAGCUUUCAGCGGGGGAAAAAUUAAUUCCUCUGGGAAUUCUUUGUGUGGGUGUGCCGCCCGGUCCCCCGGACCCUAUUUCAGACCAAAAAAAUGUCAUUUUCCACACCCGUUCUGAGACCAGGCCCUAGUUGUUCAAAAGCUGGAUAACGCUACCCACUUUUUGUCUAAUGGAUAGCGCAACUGGUUUCUGUAAUACUUUUCUGCUGGAUAGUGAUUUAUCCAGCGAAUAGUGCUAUCCAUCUUUUGAACAACCGGGGCCUGGUUUCUGAAGCUUGUACUUAUGGUUUUGCAAGCAAGUGAAGCCAGGAUUAGAACGUCAGGAAAAGAUUUCUUAAAAUACAUUUCGAAUUCUCUUAUUAGUUCAUACACUCCCGUAGUUCCUUUGAAAACCAUACCCUAUACCAGACAGAAAUGGACCAAGUCUACAAGCCUUUUUCAGACCGAAACGGAGCAAAAACCCUACCCUUUAGGGCAGCACAUACCUCCAUGGCUUAUAUAAGGAGGCACCCCCAGCGGCCUUCAGAUAUACCGUUUCUGGUGCGCAGGUACGUUUAAUGGUGCCCGCACCUAUACAUGCAAACCUCUUUUCCCGGAAAACGGCUGAGCGGCUGGGUACAACGAGUGUAGUCCCUUUUAAACAAAUAGAUGGCAAACGUAUACCUUUACCCGUAUACGUACCCGUUAGCAGAAACGGUAAUCUUAAUCCUUCGCAACCAGUUUUUAGGAUGUCACGCUUCAGAAAUGGCGUACAUUUAAAAAAUGGGUGUGACCUUCCUUAGGGGUUAAGGGAGAGAAGAUUUUAGAAGGCAAAGGGGGAACGGAGAAGAGAGCAGAUAGAAAGGAUCUCCCUUCGCUGUCUCCCCUUUUCGCUUCUCUAACUUUCUCUCUUCCCCAUCUCCCCCAGAAACGCCCCAUAUUCACUAGAUCUGCGGGAUCAUCUGUGCACUUAUUCUUCAUCUCGCAGUUCUUAUAUGUGAUAUUCAUAUAAUUGUCAAGUGUCAUAGAGUCCCUCUGAACUUAAAACCACUUUUUUCAAAAUGUGACACUAAUUGUGAAUGGUUUAAGCCCACUAUAGCCUGGGUGCCAGAGACUUUAUUUGUGCGGUUUUCGGUGUCUUUGAAGUCUUUAUACUGUCCCGCUCGUUUUUCCUCACAGCUUCGCCGAUCGUGGCUUUUGCCUUCGGCCAACACCGAAGAUUCCUGCCACACGCGCGAAAAAAAUAACCUCGGGUACUCAGGGUAGCCCGCAUAAGCCCGCACAGCACUAAUUAAUUUGAAUUUAAGUAACUUUCUUGAAAUUGUUCUUUCCAGGAUUUAGAAGGGGAUACGCCGUUACACGAUGCGAUCUCCAAAGAAAAGAACGCAAUCGUGGAGCUUAUCCUUCGCUCGGAGCGCCUUGAGAUUUUUGUGUGCAAUGGCAGGGGUUUUAACCCUCUUCAUCAAGCCUGCAUGAAAGGAAACUUACAGUAA